GAUGGAGCAAGAGCAAAAACUGUUGGUCUCAGAUUCUAGUGGCUUCAAGGAGAGGGAGAGUUUGAAAAGCCCUUUUACAGGAGAUGAAAGUAAGAAUAAUUUGGAAACUGUUCAACACAAUAAUUCCAAGGCAGAGAAAGAGAGAGCCUCAAAAUGGUCUAAAAGAGAUGGCCCCCCAAAAUGUAAGCAUGAGGGUACAAAAGAAAUUCCAUUGACAUGGUCCCAAGGAGAUGAGAUCUGGUGUAAUGAUUCCUGUGAGAAUGAUGGCAAGUCAGAGAAUCAGGGAAAUUCUACAGGAAAAGAUGAAAAACCCAGUCACCAGAGUUGGGACCCAGGGGAGCACUGCAGUGCCUCUGUCCAGCAGAAUUCGAUCUUCAGAGACAAACCCUACAAAUGUUCUGAAUGUUGGAAAAGCUUCAAUAACAGUUCUCAUUUGCGUAUUCACCAGAGGACCCACUCAGGAGAAAAACCUUAUAAAUGUUCUGAGUGUGGGAAAUGCUUCAGUAACAGCUCUCACCUGAUUCAACAUCUGAGAACACACACAGGAGAGAAGCCCUACCAGUGUGGUGAAUGUGGGAAAAGCUUCAGCAAUACCUCCCAUCUCAUUAUCCAUGAGAGGACUCACACGGGAGAGAAACCCUAUAAAUGUCCUGAGUGUGGGAAGAGCUUUAGUAGCAGCUCCCACCUGAUUCAGCACCACAGAUCACAUACCGGUGAAAAACCAUAUGAAUGUCCUAUUUGUGGGAAAUGCUUCAGCCACAGUUACGUCCUAAUAGAACAUCAGAGGAUUCACACUGGAGAAAAACCUUAUAAGUGCCCUGACUGUGGAAAGAGUUUUAGUCAAAGUUCUAGCCUGAUUCGCCACCAGCGGACCCACACAGGUGAGAAGCCCUACAAAUGUCUUGAGUGUGGAAAAAGCUUUGGUUGUAAUUCGACCCUAAUAAAGCAUCAGAGAAUUCAUACGGGAGAGAAACCCUAUCAGUGUACAGAAUGCGGGAAGAGUUUCAGUCGAAGUUCAAACCUAAUUACGCACCGGAAAACCCACACAGGAGAAAAGCCCUAUGAAAGUUCCGAAUAUGAGGAAAGCUUGAGUCAGAACUGCAGUGUGAUAGAAGAAUGCAGACUCCAGCCAGGGGAGAAACCAUACAAAUGUGAAUGCGGAAAGCGUUUUGGUCUCAGCUCCCAUCUCAUUAGACAUCAGAGAACACACACAGGAGAAAAACCUUACCGGUGUUCGGAGUGUUGGAAAACUUUCAGCCAGAGUUCCACCCUGGUGAUUCACCAAAGGACGCACACAGGAGAGAGACCUUAUAAGUGUCCUGACUGCGGCGAGUGCUUUAGUCAGAGCUUUAAUCUUAUCAGGCACCGGCGGACUCAUAUGGGAGAAAAACCUUUCAAAUGCACGGACUGUGAGAAAUGCUUCAGCAGAAGUGCCUAUCUCAAUCAGCAUCGGAAAAUUCACACAGAAAAGUCUUUUGAGUCUCCCGAAGUUGAAGAUUUUCCUCAUGGGUGGACUUGGGAAAACUGUCCGGGGGAAAUGGCCCUCAUCUCUUCUUUUUCGGUCCCAAAUCCAUCUUCUUCUUGAAUCCCAAAGCCUGUUUAUUUGUUUAUUUAUUUAUUUAUUU